AUGUCUUUCUACAGUGGCUAUGGUAGCAAGCCAUCUCAGUCCUCAUUUGCAAGCUUGUUAGGUGGAGCGUCAGCGGCGACAACAGCGUGGACAAAAGACGCAGAGGUAUCAGAACCGCCUGGUGAUUCGAUUAGUUCGCUUUCGUUUUCGCCCAUUGCGGACUUCCUCGCUGUUGGAAGUUGGAAUAAUGAGGUUCGGAUAUACGAAGUGAACUCAGAAGGAGGGCAAACGAGGGGGAAGGCGAUGUAUCGGCAUCAAGGGUCUGUCCUAGGAGUUUGCUGGAACAAAGAAGGAAACAAAGUGAUUUCGUGCGGAGCGGAUAAUGCCGCGCGCAUGUACGAUUUGGCUACAGGACAGAGUUCUCAAGUCGCGCAGCACGACGCACCGAUCAAAUGUGUUCGCUGGUUCGAGUCUCCUCAGGGAGGGAUCGUGGCUACGGGUAGUUGGGAUAAGACUUUGAAGUAUUGGGAUACGCGAUCUUCGACACCCAUAGCGACUGUACAACUCCCUGAACGCUGCUAUUCGAUGGACGUCGUAUAUCCUCUUUUAGUCGUCGGUACUGCGGAACGUCAUAUCCAAAUCUACAAUCUUACGAAUCCGACUGUACCCUACAGGACGCAAACAUCGCCUCUGAAAAUGCAGACACGUGUCGUGACUUGUUUUCCAUCCGCGGAUGGUUAUGCUACGGGAAGCAUUGAAGGUCGCGUAGCUAUUCAUUUCGUUGAUGACGCAAGGACCGGGGAGAACUACACUUUCAGAUGCCACCGCAAAGAGCAAGGCCUCAAUAAGAACCAGACAGAUGUCUAUUCCGUGAACGACAUCAACUUUCACCCUGUUCAUGGCACCUUUUCCACUUCAGGAUCGGACGGUGUCAUCCACUUUUGGGACAAAGAUGCACGUUCACGAUUAAAGACUUUAGAUGUAGCUCCUGGACCGAUUGCAGCGACGACGUUUAAUCGAGAUGGACGUAUUUUUGCGUAUGCUGUUUCGUAUGAUUGGUCGAAGGGAUAUUCUGGGAUGACGGCUAACCAUCCAAAUAAAGUUAUGUUGCAUCCGUGCAAGGAGGAUGAGGUUAAGAGGCGGAAGAAGUGA